AUGGCUAACCCUAAGACAUUUGACUUGGUCGUCAUUGGCGCAGGCUUACAUGGACUUGUCACCACUAAAACGUAUCGCGAUGUCCACCCCCAUGCGUCAAUCUUUGUGCUGGACAAGUCCAGCUCGAUUGGAGGGUUUAGUGACUUCCCCAUGGAUACCACGAAUUUUGACCCUGAGAACGAUCAUAUUCCGGGAGAGCACGUGAAUGAAUACUGGCUUGGCUAUGCUAAGAAGUUCGAUUUGGCUAAGCAUAUGCGUCUCAACACCAGCGUCAAGUCAGCGGUAGACCAGGGAUCAGCGGGCUGGCUGUUGACCGUCUCGGAUGAAACAGAUUCGACUAAAAAGGAAUACCAAAUCGUAGCUACAAAAUUGGUCGUUGCGACUGGAUUGACGUCGCAACCUUCAAUGCCUAAGCUACCUGGAAGUGAGGCUUUCGGUGCACCGAUCUAUCAUUCCAGCGAGUUUGCUAGAGUGGAAAACGGCCUGGGGCCAUACAAGAAGAUUGCUUUACUCGGAGGUGCCAAAUUUUCCUGGGAUAUCGCCAAUGCCUACGCCUCGGCUGGUGUCCAAGUCGAGUGGAUUAUCCGAAAGUCAGGUCACGGUCCUUGCUGGAUGAUGCCCAGUCGAGUGACGCCUUUCAAGAUAAUUCCGGAGCGGCUGUUCCUGACGCGUGUCAUGACCUGGCUCAGUCCAUGCAUCUGGGAAGAUGGUUUCUCCUAUUUGCAUAACUUCUUUAGCCAGCAUUGGUUGGGCAGGAAGAUCUCAGAUGCGGUAUUCAACCAAAUGCAGCAGGGAAACUUGGCACGCAAUGGCUACGACACUCAUCCCGAGACGGCCAAACUCAAACCCUGGAAUGAGUCGUUCUUUGUCGGUUCCGUCCGUGGUGUUCUUAGCUACAAGAAUGAUAUUUUUGAGCUUGUGCGCAGUGGCAAGAUCAGAGUUCACAUUGCCGAUAUCUCGCAACUUUCCCAUCACUCGGUCCACCUUUCAACCGGCGAGGUCGUCGAAGCAGACGUCUUGAUCUGUGGAACAGGCUGGAAAGACACUCCUCAGCUAGACUUUCAAACCGACAAGGAGCUCGGCCUUCCAGGUCAUGCAUCCCCCACCGCACAAGAACACAUUGGCCGUGCCGACGCGCAAAUCUUUCAAACAUGUCCUAAAUUACAAGAGCAACCUACACCACGGAACCCGGAACUACUCGCUGACAGGACCAAUGACCUCACACCCCAACCGUAUCGCCUCUACCGCUUCAUGGUGCCCCCAGCCUUCCUCCAGAGCCGCACCCUUGCCUUCGCCGGCGCAUACCGCUGCCCCGCGACAGCCACCUUAGCACAGACACAAGCACUCUGGAUCACCGCGUUCCUCGACAACCGCAUCCCCUCGCUGCGCAGCGAGCAGGCCAGCACGAAAGACGAAAUCGCCUCACGCGCAAUGUACGAGACAGUGCUGCACACGCAGUUUACGCGAUGGCGCUACAGCAGGAGCUUUGGCGCGCGCUUCCCAGAAUUGUCGUUUGACUGCUUGCCGUACGUGGAUUUGCUGCUGAGAGAUGUGGGUGUGCGGAGUCAGAGGAAGGCGACGUGGUUUCGGGAAAGGUUUGAGGCAUAUAUGCCGACUGAUUAUGUGGGCAUUAUCGAUGAGUAUAUAGCAUUGAAGGAGGCAGAGGAUUGA